AUGGCGGCGGCGAGGGCGGGCGCGGCUGCCCGGCGGCUGUGCCACGCGGCGGCGGCGGCGCAGCCCCCGCGCCUGAAGAAGCUCGCGCUGCACCCGCCCAAUCAGGUAGAGGUUCAAUUUGCAGAUGGCAGUACAUUCCAUCUGUCGGCUGAGUUUCUCAGAGUCUACAGUCCAGCAGCUGACAGCAAGAUCAGAUCAAUAGCUGGCGAGAAGGUUAUAUUUGGGCGCCGACAUGUUGGAAUAAUGUCAGCUGAAUCAAUAGGAAACUAUGGAGUCCGGAUACUGUUUGAUGAUUUGCACAAGACUGGGAUCUUCACUUGGGAUUACUUGCACCAUCUGGGUUCUAACAAAUUCAGUCUAUCACGAAAUUAUAUCAGAACUUUGAGGAAACAUGGUCUUAGUCGGGAUCCUCAGAGAAGGAAAUGA